AUGCCAGGCGCAAUCCCUUCACCCCGCUACCUCCCAACUGUCAUCCGCGAAAGUUUCCCUCCUGCACCCAAAUUCACAUCCGAGGAUGUACCCGACCUGACAGGGAAAGUCAUAAUAGUAACCGGGGCCAACGCAGGUAUGGGGAAGCAAACAGCCAAGGCCGACAGUUUCUCUGGUUACCAGGUCCUCCUUUCGCGUAACGCCAAAGUGUACAUGGCAGGCCGGAACGAAGCUAAGCUAUCCAAAGCGAUCGAAGAGCUGAAGGAAGCGACUGGGAAGGAAGGCCUCCCUCUCAUCCUCGACCUAGCAGAUUUGAAAUCCGUUAAGAAAGCUGUAGAGGAUUUUACAAGCAAAGAGAAAGAACUACACGUCCUAUUCAACAACGCAGGCGUAAUGGUCCCCUCCCUCGACGACCUUACCGCCCAAGGCUACGACAGCCAAUUCGGGACCAACGUCCUCGGGCACUUCUACCUCACCAAACUCCUCCUCCCCACCCUCCUCGCCACAGCCAAGAACCCCAUCUCAUGUCCAGAAGGCAAAGUCCGUGUGGUGCAUACGAGUAGUAUUGCGUCGAUUAUGGCGGAUGGAGUGAACUUUGAGACGUUGAAGGAUGGACCGGAGAGGAGGAAGAAGGGGGAGUGGGGGUUGUAUCAUCAGAGUAAAUUGGGCAACGUCAUCCUCUCAAACGAACUCGCAAGGCGAUAUGGAGACGAAGGUCUCGUCUCAACCUCAGUCAACCCCGGAGCCAUCAAGACAGAUUUGCUGAGGCAUACAAAGUGGUGGGACAAGUUGAUGAUCGUGCGUCCUCUCUUCAUGCGCUUUAUGGAGUCCACUGACACUCUCUUCGACGACAGAAAGCGGUGUUGCAUCCAGUGGAAUACGGAGCCCUCACACAGUUGUACGCAGGGACAUCCGAAGAUGGUCUGA